GUCCCCUAGAUCUCCCGGCCCCCUCCUUCCCCCAUCUUUCCAUCCCCCUCUCACUCCUCACUCUCUCCUCACUCCUAUCACGCGAGCCGGGUGUAGAGCCUCAGCAGCCGACUGCCUGGGCACUUUGGGGCUGGGGCUGCGGAGCUAAGCAGGGCAGCGCCCGAGCCCCGGCUAGAAAGGAUGGUUGGUGCAGACAGGGACCAGCCAGACAGCGAGGGUGUCCCCAAGUCGUCCUCAGGCCUGCUCUGGGGGCCCUGGGGGAGGGGCGGGGCGGAGAAAGGUAGUGGCGGUGCUAUUAAACGAGGCUCACGGGUUCGAUAAGUGCAGUGGCUGGUGCAAUAGACACCCUUGGGACCCCCCAGAAGAGCAAGCCACCCCUCCCCCUGCCGAGGCCCCGAGCUCCCGGGGCCCAGCGGUCUGCCAACAGCCUGAGGAGGUGAGGACCCGCUAUCCAGCUCGCUGACUCCGCUACUCCGUAAUUUCCAGCUCCCCUCCCUCCUCCCCUCCCGCCGCCCUGAUCAACCACUCGCUGGGCGCCCAGCUUGCUCCUGGUCCCCUCGCAGCCGCUGAGGGGUUAAGAGGGAUGAACUGGAUAACUACUUUCCAAUGGCCUCCUCUUCCUCCCUGGAACUAAAGACCCUUGGCAAUGGGCCCAGGGCCCCCAAACGAACACUCUCACAAUGGACAUCAGCACCAGAAGGGAGGCCCAGCCCCUCAGCCCUGCAGAGAGAGGGAAUCGAGAAUACUUGCUUUUCCGAGGAGGAGGAACAGGAGACCUGUUUCAAGAGUCAACAGGAAGCUGUUCCUGGCAGCUCAUCCAGUCCCCAUGGCGAUGGCUCCUCACACCCCCAUUCCCAGAGAGACGACCUUUCUCCAAGGUCAGAAGAGGGCAUGGGGACGGAGACCGCAGGCCACUCUGUAGACUAUGGCUUCAUCUUUGCCUUAGUCUUCUUGGUGAGUGGAAUCCUGUUGGUGGUGGUAGCCUAUGCUAUUCCCCGGGAAGCCAGGGUGAACCCAGACACAGUGUCAGCUCGGGAGAUGGAGAGGUUGGAAAUGUAUUAUGCCCGUCUGGGCUCCCACUUGGACAAGUGUAUCAUUGCUGGCUUGGGCCUCCUUACCUUGGGGGGCAUGCUGCUGUCCAUCUUACUGAUGGUGUCUCUCGUCAAAGGGGAACUCUACCGAAGGAGAAACUUGGCUGUGUCCAGAGGCCCUCGAAAAACUUAUGGUUCUAUAAACCUGAGGAUGAGGCAGCUUAAUGGGGAUGGGGUUCAGGUACUGGUGGAAAAUGAGGUCGUUCAGUUGACAGACUCUCACCCAAUCCAUCCAGGAACCUACACUUCUCUCUCCCCUCCCCUCAACAUGUGUGAUGAUGGCACAGUCUGUGGGUAGCACGGUUGUGACAGGGAUGGAUAAAGUGAUAGGACAGGUUUGCACAUCCUGUCAGUGUCUAAAAUUACCUAUCUUUACUUCCUUUGGAGAAGAUUAUUUCCGUGGACAACUGGCCCUGGAGUUCCAGGAAAAACACAGCUUUCAGAUUCUGGGUGGGGCCAGAGUAUAUCCAGAGGUAAUCAAAGGUACCAUCAACAAGCUUGUGCUAAGGGUGACAAUCCAGUCCAAUGGUGUUUUGCUACCAGGUAUUUCCAAGUGUGGUUCAGUGAUGGAAAGAACAUCAAAGCCUCUAGCAGUUAGUUACCUGUGCCAUAUUCUAGGCUCCAACCUCAUGGAAAAUAAUGAUUUGUAAGAUUUGUAACCAGCAGUUGCCUAUUCCUCUUACCCAAAGUGAAGCAGCCAUGAUCUCCUGGCUUACCCUUACUGCGUAAAAAGCACAGGGUGGUCUUGUUUCAGAUCUUAGGGUCUAAUUUUCUGCAGUGACAUAAUCAGACUUAGCAAUAGUGACUUCUUAGCAAAUAUUUCAGGAUUGCAGACCUGAGGAAUGAGGUUCUCUUUAAUACAAGGAACAUGAUGUGUUUGGGGAGUAUUUCAUGUGGAGAGCAAGUGUUUCUCUUCUUUGCAAUGCCCAUUAUGAUUCUAGAAGAAAAGAUAUUGAAUCCAUAAAUCUUCUCCAUACCAGCAAAAUGCCACCCUACUUCCUUUUAGGGGAAAAAUGUUUUGUCCAUCUCUCCAGAAUCAUUGAAUUUUAGAGUUAAUUACACUUCCGAACUCUCUACUUUUCACACAGGAUUUCCCAAACCCUGCUCCUAGUUCCAGAUCCUUUCUGCUACUUUUGGGAGAGAAUAACUUCAGUACUGAAAGGAGCUGGAUCUUUGGAAAAUCUAAUGUUGAGCUAGAAAGCAAGAGAUGAAAUCCUUUCUGAGCCUCCCUCAAAAAGAGAGGGCUGAAAAGAUGAAAAGCACAUUUUAUUUUUUUUUUAAUUUAUUUUUAUUGCAUGGAUGGUUUGAAGUCAGAUUUCCUGGAACCUGAAGAUGUUCUCUAGUUCAUUUUGUUUUCUCUAAGCAGAAGUACAUCUAUGUUAUCCCUCAAAUGAUGAAGAGUCUAGAGAUGUCCUCUAGGCUAUCCCCAAAGAUCUGUAGGAAGGGAAAAGUAGUUUAUAAGGAUUGAUGAAGACAAAGGCUUUGGCAGAUAUCUGUUUCUGUUUAUGACUUAGGUGAGGGAUAAGAAAUUGUUCACAGAGUCACAGAAUAUGAAAACUGAAAGGGAACUUUAUGAAACAUUUAGUCAAGUUCAGUUAGAUUUGGUUCUGAUGUGUAAAGGGGGUGUGGUUGACUAAGAACAACAAUGCCUUGGGAUAAUAAAACUUUCUCCAACAUGGGGUUCUGAAUUCUACAAUGGUCAUGAGGUUCCAAAUUCUAUCAUGCUUAUGGAGUUCCAUGAGUGUGUCAGUUUCUUCCUAGGUUCGAUGAAGAUUGGAUUGGCCAAAUCCCCAAGUUUACAAAACCUCUCAUAUUUAGCUACAAUGUGAAGUAUUUUAGACUGAUGUCCUCAUGAAGGGAUAUGGACCUCUCAAUUCAACAAUAAAAAAUAAAAAUAAUCAUCCCAACUGUA